AAGGUGGCAGCACCGGUUCGCAUCCAUUUGCACGUAAAAAAUGGCGGAUUGCAAGGAGAGUGCAGAAGAAACAAAUGGUCCACGGCCGCAGAUUAUCAUGCAGUUUGACUCUCCUGAAGAAUCCAGUGAAAACUCCAUAAACGAGGAAAAGGAAGAUGAAUCUGUGGAAAAUGAUCCUGAGACACCUACAUCUCCCUUUGCUAAAUCGGGCAGUAAAAUACGUUGUCCUGUAUUAACAGCUGCAAAAUUUGGAAACUCGUUUGGAGUUUGUGAAUUUUCAAAUUCUCCAAAACCAAAAUCUACCUUAUUAAGGCCAUCACAACUAUGUGCAGUAACAUGUAAUCCAGGACCAUCUACAAAAAAUGUUUUACAACCAGCUAAGUUUCACAAUCCCUUCACAAAGGUUAAUGAUAGCGCCAUAGCAGAGGAUAAUGGAAUUACAGCACCUAAUGAUAAAAAUGACGUCUCUAAAGAGACAGACAGCGAGGAGAAAUCAGCUGAGGAAACCAAGCCCAAAUUUUUACCCCUGGGCGGAAGUACGAAAGAUUCUGAAAAUAAUGUAAAUAACACGGUGGCACCGAGCGUUUCCACGCCCAGCUUUGUUUUCGGGCAAAAUCUGAAAGAAAGGGUGGCCGUUGCAAACGACACGGAGAGUUCGGAUAGUUCUGAAAAGGAAGAAAACAAGGACGAAGAAUCAAAUGAAAAUGGUUCCUCAGAACUCCUAUUUUCAAAUGCUGCAGCCGUAUGUCGCAGUACAAGUCGACCAGGACUGACGUUAUCUCAGGCGGCACAGGAGCUGGAGGAAGCUAACAGGGCAAACAAACGCAAAUACAGUCAAGUUACGUUACUUACUGGUGAAGAAGGAGAAACCAAUGUUCUUCAAAUCAAUUGUAAACUCUUUGCAUUUGACAAGGCGACUAGUGGUUGGCAAGAAAGAGGAAGAGGGACGCUGCGUUUAAACGAUCGUGACGAGGAAUCGCGAUUGGUGGGAAGAACAGCUGGAACUCAAAGAUUGGUUCUAAAUACUAAAGUAUGGCCGGGUAUGACAGCAGAGAGGGCGGGCCCAAAAUCAUUACGAUUAACCGCUAUGGAUGUUCAUGGAGAUAUUCGCAUCUUCAUCGUGCAAGCAGCACCGAAGGAAGUGGACCAAUUGCACAGCCUUCUAAUGCAGCGGCUUAAGCGUGCUCAGGAACGCCAACCGAAGAAGCUGGCUACCGAUCACUGACCACCGACCAACAUAAAACCCAGUAGAAUGCCACCCUUAUCGGGAUCCGAGUCGUUCUACGCGAGAAUCGCCAUCACGUUAAUGAACACUACUCGUUUGCCAAGCAAGGCCCUAGCCGGAGCGUGCUGGAUGGAGUGGCUAUCACUUAUGCCUUCCCUACAAAAGUCGUAGCCACCAUCAUUGCACUUCCAGUUCUCAUGAGAAGGCAAAAAACUCUGGCUAUUGUUCAAUAUGAAUUUUAUUAUUUUGAAGAUACGAUGCCUUUUUCUAAUCAUUCCCGAUUGAUAUUCUUUUUACGUUAAAUUGAAGGAUUCUUAAGAGACUAUAUGUGUACAUUAGGGAAAACUAGAUAGAGAUUUUUAAUGGUAGCAUAAUAUAAAUUAUAAAGUAUGUCACGCGAGUUAACGUGAAAACAGAAAUCUCCAUUUUCAGAAUAGAUAUUACCUUAUGGGUUAUCAAACUUAUCAUUGUCAAGUAUGCGGUCUUUUCAAAUCUGUACGUAUCAAGAAUAUUUUGCAGCAAAGGAAGAAGCAUAUCCGCGAGCUCUGACUGGAAAAAAUAAAACUAACGAAAUGAUCGUUCAAGUAUCCUAAUGUUCAGAAAUCACAAAAGAAAAAUGAAUAAUAAGGCUUACGAUGCAGAGGCAUUAUUACCAUACAUGCAUUGUUUGUCUUCUAGUUGUAAAUAAAAUCUCGAUCUAGUGAUCAAAGAAGCUGAUAA